CGGCAGGCGGCGGGCGCCGGCCUGGCCUGGGCUUAGGGAGGCAGGCUGCCAUGGCGGAGUCCGGGCCGCAGGCGCCGCCGCCGCCGCCUCCCGGGACUCCGAGUCGGCACGAGAAGAGCCUGGGGCUGCUCACGACCAAAUUUGUGUCGCUACUGCAGGAGGCCAAGGACGGAGUCCUCGACCUGAAACUGGCAGCAGACACCUUGGCUGUGCGGCAGAAGCGAAGAAUCUAUGACAUCACGAAUGUCCUGGAAGGGAUUGGGCUGAUUGAAAAGAAGUCCAAGAACAGUAUCCAGUGGAAGGGUGUGGGACCUGGCUGUAACACUAGGGAAAUAGCAGACAAGCUCAUCGAGUUGAAGGCUGAAAUCGAGGAGCUUCAACAGCGGGAGCAGGAACUGGACCAGCACAAGGUGUGGGUCCAGCAGAGCAUCCGAAACGUCACUGAGGAUGUGCAGAACAACUGUUUAGCUUAUGUGACUCAUGAGGAUAUCUGCAAAUGUUUUACGGGGGACACUCUGUUGGCUAUUCGGGCCCCAUCAGGUACCAGCCUGGAAGUGCCAGUCCCUGAGGGCCUAAAUGGGCAGAAGAAGUAUCAGAUCCACUUGAGGAGUACAAGCGGCCCCAUCGACGUGCUGCUGGUGAACAAGGACGCGUGGAGCUCUCCCCCUGUGGUGGUCCCUGUGCCUCCUCCUGAGGAUCUCCUUCAGUGCCAGGCAGCCAUUCCUUCCCCUCCACAGCCAAGACCAGCACCCUCUCAACACCAGGAGACCUCAAUCCCCAGCAGCCCCCGUCCCUCCACUCCAACCAGCACCCAGGACCAGAGUGCCAUUGGGCAGCCAGCAGCCAGCCCAGUUGCAGGAAGCAGCAGCAGUCCUGGGACUGACAGCAAGGAUGCCGGUGUCCUCGGUACUCUCGGCACCGCGUCCACUGCUGCACUGGACACCCAGCCACUCCAGUCCUCGGCCUCGCUGGACAGCAGCUCCAUCUUGCCCAACCCUUCUACCUCUUUUGAGCCAAUCAAGCCGGAUCCUACAGGCAUACUGGAACUCCCCAAAGAGCUGUCAGAAAUGUUUGAUCCCACGAGAGAGUGCAUGAAUUCCGGGCUGCUGGAGGAGUUGAUGUCCUCAGAAGUGUUUGCCCCUCUGCUCCGCCUCUCUCCUCCUCCUGGAGACCACGACUACAUCUACAACCUGGACGAAAGUGAAGGUGUCUGUGACCUCUUUGAUGUGCCGGUCCUCAACCUCUGACUGGUCCUCAACCUCUGACUGCGGCCACCCCUGGGGCCGUGUGCAGACAAGACUGUUUGACUCGGGGUUGCUUUGGUCUUCCCUUCUCCCCUCUUGCCCACUGUCCAGAGGAUUGCCGCAGAUACACUGACCGCCAGGCCCGUACAAUCCCCUCUCUCCAAAUUGCACACUUGGUUUCUUCCUCUGGCCAGCUUAUCCAUCCACCCUUUGAAAGGGGGAGAGGGGACUCUUUCCCCCUAAUGUCUUUAUUCUCUGUCAACAGGCAGCCAAAGCAUUUGCCACGUGCCUCUCUUCCUAGGGCCAGAACUCUCCUCUCCCGCUACCUUCUUUUGCACCCCAGACCUCGUCUUAGAACUCAGGCCCUCUGCCCCAGAGAGAUACAGUACCUUAGUCCCCAUCACCAAGGCUACCCUAGAGACCCUGCCCCUCUCUCUCCUUUUGCUGUCCAUGCUCCUCCUCCCAGGACCCCAAAGGCCAAGCCCAGGGCCAGGGCGAGGACACAAGGCCACAUGCAACAAACUAACCACAUAGGGCCCAUCUCCGGAGUCUGAAGCAGGUUCCCCCAGAGUCCCACACACUUGUAGCAAGCCAAGCCACAUUGUCCCCUUGCCAACAACAGCCCCUUCACCCACAUGUCCUACUUGCUGCUCGGAUUGAAAUUCAUGAGACAGGCCGAGUGACUCCCCAAACUGGAUGGAUCCUCAUCCCUGAGCUCCCACCUGGGAGCUCCCCCUCUAGUCCGGGGCUGCAAGGAGGCCAGCCUCAUCGCGACAUGUACCACCCCUUACCUCCCAUUAGAAAGUGUUUGGAAAGAGAUUUAGAGAGAUUUACAGGAAUGAACAGAUUCCUAUAUAAAGAUUAUUUUUAUACUUUUUGCAGUGUAAGGAAAUUGCCUGUAAUAUUUGUACAGUAUCUGAAUGAAUAAAAACCAUGCCGAAGGC